AAAAGUAAACCCCUCGAGUUUUUUCAGAAAAAGCUUGACGAUUACCGCAAGCAGGAAAGUCACCUAAAAAAAACAACGUCGACCACCAGUAAAGCACAACUGGCCUCGUACAAGGUUGCGUACAGAGUUGCUAAGUGUAAGAAACCCCACACCAUUGCUGAAGAGCUCAUACUUCCAGCUGCAUUAGAUAUGGUCUCCGCUAUGAUAGAUGACAACUGCGCAGCAAAACUGAGAGCUAUCCCCCUGUCCAACGACACCAUUGCAAGACGCAUAUGUGACAUUUCAAAUGACUUGGAAGAUCAACUCAUUGAAAAACUGCAAGACAUCCGUUUUUCUUUACAAGUGGACGAGGCUACAGAUAGCAACAAAAACUGUCUGCUUAUUGCUUAUGUCCGCUUUGUGACAUCAGACUCGCUGAGUGAGGAUCUGUUGUUCUGCAAGUACAUCGCAAACAGGGCAACGGCACUGGAAGUAUUUAACCUCAUUGACGGAUACUUGACAGAACAUGGACUGAAAUGGGAGAACUGCGCCGGUAUUUGCACCGAUGGAGCGCAGACGAUGGCAGGGAAAAAGUCAGGUCUGCAAGCUUUGAUCAAGAAGGUCUCGCCAAACGCACAAUGGACGCACUGCAUUUUACACAGAGAAGCGCUCGCAGCAAGACAUAUGAGCCCUGAAUUAAACGAGGUGAUGACCGAUGUUAUUAGCGUUGUUAAUUUCAUCAAAACAAGACCGCUGAAAGCACGGAUGUUCUCUGCACUUUGUGAGGAGAUGGGAGCGGAGCACACAGCUGUGUUAUUUCACAGCGAGGCUCGGUGGUUAUCGCGGGGCAAAGUUCUAUCACGAGUGUUUGAGCUCCGUGAAGAAAUCCGCGUGUUUCUCGAGGAGGAGCGCAUGUACGAAGUCGCAGCCAAGUUUGCUGAUGAGCGCUUCAUGAUGAAACUGGCCUAUCUCAGCGACAUAUUUGGGAAGCUGAAUGACUUGAAUCUUCAGCUACAAGGCAGAGACCAGCACCUUCCUCACCUGGCAGACAAGAUCAGCUCCUUCACUAGGAAGCUGGAGAUGUGGGACAAACGUCUUCAGAAGGAAAUACUUUCCAGACAGCAGUGGUCAGUAUGACUGGGUGAGAGAUCCCUUUAAUGCUGCAGCACCUGCUGAUUUCAGCGCUGCUGAAGAGGAACAAUACAUCGAGAUGACAUCUGACUCUUCCCUGAGACUCAAGUUUGCAUCACAGACAUUGAGUGAAUUCUGGAUUGUUGUGGAAAAAGAGCAUCCCCUCAUUGGACAGAAGGCUGUGGGUAUUUUACUUCCCUUUGCCACUUCCUACCUCUGUGAGAUAGGCUUUUCUGCUGUUGCCUCUUUGAAAACAAAGUACAGAUCUAAGCUCAACAUUGAGCAUGAAUUACGAGUGGCAGUAACAAAGUUGCUACCUCGUUUUGAAAAGAUGUGCAGUGAAAGCCAGGCUCACUGCAGCCACUGAUCCUGAUGACAGACUCAAAAGAGUGAAUCUCACUUACCAAAUACCUGCACUUUUUGUUUGUCAGGACUUAAUUUUAUUUCUUAUUGUUAAGCAUAAUGAUAAGCAACGUAAGCCUAUUCAAUUUAACAUUUAUUUGUUUAUUCAGGGAAAUUAUAAAUGUUACUAGAUUUGUCAGUGUUUUGAAAAAGAUGUUUAUAUUUCAAAAUUUUGAUGCUGUUAAUAUUUGUUGCCAAAAACUUGCCCUUGUUCUUCUUCGACACUUUGUUCUUUUGAAGAUAGCAGUGAAGAACUGGUCAUCAGAUUACAAUUGUAAUACACAGUCUUCAUAAAUGUUUACUAUUCUUUGUUGCACAAAUUAAACUUUAUUGUUAUAGUUUUGAAAAAGUUCUGGCUGAUGGAGCAACAUGGAGACAAAAUCUCCCUAAAACUGGUU